AUGGAACAAGUGAAUAACCUUCUAGUCUUAAAAGACUAUAAUGAAUAUCAAGCUGCUAAGAAGUCACCAGGGCUCAAGAGGUCCAAUGCCAAGAUCUGGAAGUUUGGGAGACCUCUUCCACUGACGACUCUUUUGAGUCAAUUUCCUGCAGUGCCAGAAGGGCUAAAAGAGCCAAAAGAUCCAAAGCUUUCUGGAUAA